AUGACUUCGGAUGAAACCCCAAUCCAAACCCACCACAGUCGCACCGUUCUUCGCUCCGCAAUCGCGUCGAGACUCCUCCUCAUAAACCUAUUCAUCCUCUGGCGCUCUCUGUUAACCCCAUACGACACCUCCGCUUCCAUAAACCCUAAUUGCCUCUCCACUAACUCAACCAAUUCUUCACCACCCCCAGUUGCCUUCCCUCGGAUUUCCUCUGCAAUCGAAAACAGCAUCGUAUGGGACAGCGUGUACUUCGUCCGCAUCGCCCAAUGCGGAUACGAAUACGAACAGUCCUACGCGUUCUUGCCUCUUUUGCCUCUCUGCAUUUCGUUACUGUCACGAACAGUUUUUGUGCCAUUGGUUCCGCUUAUUGGACAAAGAGCUGUGUUGGGCUUAUCCGGCUAUGUACUGAAUAACAUUGCGUUUGUUUUCGCUGCACUUUAUCUGUACAGGCUUUCAAUUAUUAUUUUGAAGGACCCAGAGGCAGCCUUGAGAGCAUCAAUUCUGUUUUGCUUUAAUCCUGCAUCCAUAUUCUACUCGUCAAUAUACUCUGAGAAUUUGUAUGCCCUAUUAUCUAUUGGAGGGUUAUAUCAUCUUAUGUCUGGCACCUGUAAUUUUGCAACACUUUGGCUUGCUCUCUCUGGGUCUGCAAGGUCAAAUGGGGUGCUUAAUGCAGGCUAUAUUUGUUUUCAAACUAUGCAUCAAGCUUAUGACGCUUUCUUUGUUAGAAAGCAUGCUUAUGUAAGUUUUCUGGCUGACAACCUUUACAUGGAUUUGGCACCUCAAUCUCAUUUCACAUCAUCCAUCUUGGUCCUCGGCUAUCACAGUCCAGCCCUUGGGCCAUAG